CGGGCACAAAGCCAUCUUGGAGGGAAGCAGACUCCACUUGCUGCAGUAUUUUCCACAAGGGAUGGGAGAUGCAAUGAGAAAGGAGGCUAUUAUGAGGACCAUGUGGCUACCACUUGCUAGGGGCAUUCUCCUCCUUCCAGGCUAUUUCUCUGUGCUGGCUGCUCAGCUGACUGGCCCUGAGGAGAUGAGCGGGGUCCUGGGCCAGUCUGUGUCUGUGCCAUGUCAAUACGUGGAAAGAUACCAGACAUAUCAAAAAUACUGGUGUGGAGGAGAAAAUUGGAACUCUUGCUCCAAAGUUGUGGAGAGCACGGGGUCUCAAGAUGAGGUGCGGCAGGGCAGAGUCUCCCUCCGAGACAACCACCACCUGCACAAGUUCACAGUGACCCUGGAGAACCUCACCCUGGAGGACACGGGGACCUACUGGUGUGGGAUCAACAAAGUUGGACAGGAUCCUUAUGCCCCUGUGAAGGUGACUGUCUUCCCAGAGCUCUCUGCCACAAGGAUGAUGAUAACAGCUGGGUUUAUCUCCACAGUAAACAGCACUGUGAGCUCCAGGAUAACCACACAUGCCAGCCCUGCAAGCUCUGUUUUCACCAAACCCAAGUUCCUGUUGCCAAUGGUCAUCUCGGUUUUAAUCCUACUGAUAGGCAUCUUGGGUUUUCUUCUGGCAAGGAGGGGGAUGCUGAAGAGGCAAGAGGCUGAUGCCGUCCUUGAAACAACCCCAGGAUCAAGUGAGGCUCCAGAGGAAGCAAAAAGUGACAUUUUCUACACAAAUGUGACUACAAAGCCCAGAAAAUCUAUAAAUCAAUCUCUCACACUCAGCUCUGUCCAGCCUGAGUACUGCCCUGAAAGUGUGAAAUAUGCCUGUGUGGCUCCAGAGGAAGCAAACAGUGGUGUUUUCUACACAAGUGUGACUACAGAGCCCAAAAAAUUGAUCAAUCAAUCUUUCACACUCAACUCGGCCCAGCCUCAGCACUGCCCUGAAAGUGUGGAAUACUCCUGUGUGGCUCCAGAAAGGACCAUGGUUUCUUAUUCCACUCUGAAGUUCCCCAUGCUGGAGUUGGAGGCUUAUUCUGCCAACAUGGAUGGGUCCUCCUGACCAGCCCUUUGGACAAGCCCCUUGGAAAGAAGAGAGUACUGCCAGAUGAAAAGGAAGUAGGUCCCUGUGGACCUCUGUGCUUCUCUGUUGGAGCAUGUUGGACCUUCCUUCUCUUCCCCUGCAGCUGUGUGGAAAGGCUGGGAUUCCAUACAGGGCCUGAAGGCUUCAAGCAGCUGAGGUGAGCUGGUCGUGGGAAAGUCCCUCCAGAUUCAACAAAUGCCGGGUGGAACCAGAUUGAGCUAAAAGAAGAGUCUGGCACAUCUCGGAAGCAUGUGGGGCAACAAGGAGCCCUGUGGCAAGGCAGGCAGAUCUUUGGCAUAUAUUUUGGUCAUGCCUUGUACUUUCUCAUGCCAAUUGAAGCUUCAUAAAAAUAUGACCCUGCAGGGAUAGUUUCCAAGGUGCAUAGACCUGCUCCAGCUUUCUGCACAAAGCAGAGGGGAGAGGGGAUGGGACCAGGAUCCCAUCAGAGGUAGGCUAACUGACUUAUUUUAAGAUGAUCUAGUCACUGUGGGUAUCAGAGUGGCUCAGAAACUAUGGCAGCACUUAGGAGAAGGACCUCAAAGGCAAGGCAAUGCUGUCAUGGGGUUGGCAUUGGAGGGGGGAAGAGGUGACCCUCAGAAGCAGAAAUAUAGGAAAAUGAGGCAACUGAUGCUGGGAUGGACUUCUGAGAAAGAAAGUGCCAGGGAGCUCCCAAGUCAAGAAUCAUGCCAGACUGGAGAGGAGGAUUCAGCAGUCAGGGGGACAAGGUGUUGGUGAAGGAAGGCAGAAGGUGGCAGCCCACAAUGAGGAGGACCCAGCCAUCAAACUGCUGAACACGGGGAUGUCCUUAAUAGCAUGGACCAGGGAAGGCCAAGCAUUUACUCAAGGAACGCCUAUGCUCAAUAGGACUGGCUGACAGCGUUAGGUGUUCCCAAUCACUGCUGUAACAGCACUAAGAGCUGGUAAAGCACAGUGCUAGAACCUCGGGGGUCACCAUUCAGGCCCUUUAUGUGACUACAGUUCCCACCACCAUGUACUAUGACAUUUGCCAUAGUGGAACCAACAGCGUUGAACUCUCUCAGGUUGAAUCAUCUGGGCAUCUCCUGGUUCUGGCCAGCUGUUUUUUUGGAAA